AGCAUUUGUUCAAUCGAUAAAGAAAGAGGGGAUAUGCGCCUCUUUCCUUUUCGCAGUCACAUGUAUUUUGAACGUUGCACUGGCAUGAUCUGUCUCGAAGCGCCGUAUUUUAAUCUGAAUAGAAUUCUUUUGCAAAGUACUGCACUAUGGCCGUUUCAACAAUCAAAACUAGUCCAACUUCAAUUUAUUUUAAUCUCGACAGUUCUCAUGACUGCUAUUAUCUGCCAGAUAACUACAGUUUUUACAUCAAAUGUCACUCCCAAAUUUGCUGUUAAAGUUCUCUCCUCUGUUCUGUUCUUAACCAUGUUGAUGAUAUUUUACAGUUCAUACCGAUUUAACAUCAAAAUACUAAAGGAUUUGAUGGGACAACUGCACUGUGCGUGCACCAAACUAAGAGAUGAAAAUGAAAUCGCUAUAAUACAAAAGUAUGGCAGGACUGCAAAAUAUUAUACAGCUGCAGUUCUUGUAAUUUUCUUUAUUGCGAUCCUUACUUUUUGGACCAUUCAAAUUGUAAUACCUUAUCUCGAUGACGUUACGCCGAUAAACGGAUGCCGACCACAUCGGCUAUACGUAGCUGCUGACUACUUUAUUGAUCAACAAAAAUAUUACUAUGUAAUUUUGCUUCACAUGAAUGCAGCUCUAUUUAUUGGAAUAUUAACAUUAAUAACAACGGGAACACUAAUGAUUGCAUAUCUCCAACAUACAUGCGGAAUGUUCAGAAUUGCUUGGUAUGAAACUGGUUAUCGUAUCGAACACGCGAUGGAGAUUAAUGUACUAAAAGAUAUUAGCAAGUGUAAAAAUUUAAACAGCGAAUUUUCGAUAUCUAAGAAAAUAGUUGAUGCCGUAAAUAUUCAUCGAGAAGCCAUCAAAUUGAGCGAGAAUUUGAUUACCAGAUUUGACACAAUGUACUUUUGUUUAACACUGCUCGCAGUGAUUACAAUGAGUCUUAAUCUUUUUCAAGUUUCUCAGACCAUAACAUUUGAAGAUAAUAUAAUGGAAGCUACAGUUCCUUCUUUAAACCUACUCGUUCUUAUUCUAUACGUAUUUUUUGCCAAUUUGUUUGGACAGAAUGUGAUAGACCACAAUAAUGAAGUAUAUACUGCGGCUUAUCGUCUGAUCUCAAACAUUCUUCUCCUUCUAUUCCAUCUUUCAAAUUAUCGAAUCACUACUUGUAGAUACAGCAUUCGAUGGUACAUGUGUCCUCUACAUGUACAAAAAUUGAUACUAUUGCUUUUGCAAAGAAAGGCCAAAGAAUUUCAGUUAACUUGCGGAGGACUGUUCAUAGCAUCUUUCGACUGUCUGGCAACGAUGGCAAAAGCAACGCUGUCUUAUUUUACUUUCAUGCAUUCCACAAGAAGAUAAGAAAAAAACAUAUCCCUAAAGAUAACUAUAUAU